UUUUUUGCUGCGUCUGGUCUGAGAAACCAUAGCCUACAGGAAGCUGACCCCCUUCCCCAUUCUUGGGACGGGAUUUUGUAGACGAUCCGGGGCUUCUCGGCAAGCAACAGAUAGGAAUAGUACCUCGCCACCACCCACUCUGCGAGCCUCGUGGCCUAUAUAAAAGCCUCCGCGACGCAACGACAAACCGGCGAUCUCCCACCUUCCUUCACCUCUUCUGCCUCCACCCGGGCCGGACACGUACCGGCUCGUCUCUUCUUCCCUCCGCCGCGGGCGCCGCCACCUGCCACCGUUCCUGCGAUGGCCGGCACAGUUCAUAUCCAGUGGUGCACAUAGAUUUUGCUUCUAGCCAGCCGUCUCGUAGUCGAGCCGGAGGGAGAGGAGAUGGACGCCGGCGUGUGUCUCCGGCCGAGGCCCCGUGCAUGGGCCGGACGCCGAGAGCAGCAGGAAUUCCCCCCGGCGAUAUUGCCGGCGGCAAGGCUCGCAGUCGCAGCCGACCAGAAUCCGGCGCGGCGGCCGCUGGUCCUGCGUUCCGGCGCGGGGAGGAGGAGCGCCGAUCCGAUCCGUGGCGCCGCCAGGCUGAAGGGCCUGUGCUGCCAGAAAUCGGCAGAUGCAGGUACUGAGAAAGUCCAUUAUUCUGCUGACGAGGCUCUUGUACUCAAGCAAAAAGCAGAGGAUGUGCUCCCUUACCUGAAUGACCGAUGUGUUUAUCUAGUUGGAAUGAUGGGUUCUGGCAAAACUACAGUUGGGAAGAUAAUAGCUGAAGUAUUAGGCUAUUCCUUCUUUGACAGUGAUAAGCUGGUUGAGCAGUCUGUUGGCAUACCGUCGGUUGCUGAGAUUUUCCAGGUCCAUAGUGAAGCAUUCUUCAGAGAUAACGAGAGUGAGGUGCUCAGGGAUUUGUCGUCAAUGCACCGGUUAAUUGUUGCAACAGGAGGUGGUGCGGUGAUACGACCAAUCAAUUGGAGUUAUAUGAGGAAAGGACUCACUAUCUGGUUAGAUGUUCCAGUGGACGCCCUUGCAAGAAGGAUUGCUGCGGUCGGUACAGCUUCACGGCCCCUCUUGCAUCAUGAAUCUGGAGAUCCUUAUGCGAAGGCCUAUGCAAAACUUGCGACACUUUUUGAACAAAGAAUGGACUCAUAUGCUAAUGCUGAUGCCCGAGUUUCCCUUGAAAAUAUUGCAUUCAGACAAGGCCAUAAUGAUGUGAAUGUACUUACACCAAGUGCCAUCGCUAUUGAGGCAUUGCUAAAGAUGGAGAGCUUUCUUACUGAGAAGGCCAUGGUCAGAAACUGACCAGAUAUCGGUGGUUUCAAAGAACGAUGACAACCACGGUUCUUGGUUGUCGUGAUGUAUAUACGUUUGCAUAAGAUAUCCUUGUUGAUAUAGCCACAGCUGUGACAGAGGAAAACUUGGGCUUUUACACAAGUAAUUGUCAUGAUGUAUAUAUCUUGUCGCGGUUUGAUAUAUGGGAUUUGGAUAGCUAUGUUGCCGUUCU